AUGGCAUCUGCCAAUCCAACAUCAUCUUUUCCAGAUAGUCGUUUUGUUAAUGAUCCAUUGCCAUCAGCCACGGCAACAUUCAAUAAAGAACAAUUAAAGUCAAAAUUUAACUUAGCAAUUUUAGAUGAUCUUGAUCGAAAAAAGGAAGUGAAGUAUACUGUUGUUGCAAAUGGUAUUACAAAAUCACAUGCAGCUGUUUGGUGGUCAAAAUUUGGCUUUACAAAGGAAAUUGUAUCUGGCGAGACUCAUUCGAUCUCUAACUUCGUUUCUUGUCAACAUUGUUUUGCUACAUAUCGUUAUGGUGCAUCAUCAACCGAAUCUAUUUCACAUCAUCAAUGUCAUGCAGCAACAUCAUCAUGUGCAUUUACUUUCAAUAAAAGUCACUGUACAUUAGAUGCAUAUUUUAAUAAAAAUAAAAAACAAUUUCGUGUUUCUGAACAACAAAAUCUUACUAAAUUAUUUUCAAUCUGGAUUUCUGAUAGUUUUCGUCCUAUAUCAAUUAUAGAUGAUUCUGGUCUUCGUGAAAUUUGUAGUUACUUUUAUGAUUUAGGAACAAAAAAUGCUGAUCGUCAUAUGGAUGUACAAAGUUUAUUUCAAUCAAAACAAACAGUCUCUCGGUGUAUUAUUGAUCAAGCACAUUAUUAUCGUGUACAAUUAACAGAGCUUAUUAAAGAACCAAUUGAAAAUAAAUCAUUAACCAUAUCACCAGAUAUGUGGUGCGACCGCUAUCGUCAAAUAUCUUAUUUAGGUUUAACAGUGACCUACGUUGAUUCAAAUAUGAAAUAUCACAAAUUUACUAUGUCAUGUCGUGAUUUUCCAGUUGAUUUAUCAAAAUCCGGUGAAAACAUAUCAAAAAUAUUGAAAGAAGAGUUGAAUCGAUUUGGAAUUGACCACUUUGAUUCAGUUAACUGGAUUAGCGAUCGUGGGUCAAAUUUCAUUCGUUGUUUCAAUUUAAAUAUGGUGAUUCCUAUCCAUUGUUUUGCACACCGCUUGCACAAUGUUUUAACAGUAACAUUUAUUAAUGAAAAAAUUGAUGGUUAUUUUAAUGAUGAAGAUAUAGAUGACAUUCCAGAUAAGUUGGGACAAGACGAGUUUUUGGGUAAUGAAUUUAUUACUAUGGCUGCUAAAAAAAUAUUAUUAACCAUCAGCUAUACAAAAACUCUAGUUCGAUUUGUAAAAAAGACAAACUUAAAUGAAUUAAUAGUAAAAUUAGGUGGUGAUGAUACUAAAACAUUGAAACAAUCAGUAACAACACGAUGGUUAUCCUUAUUUAUAUGUGUAGAAUCUGUUUACAGUAAUUAUGAUGCUACAUUAUUAGCAUUGGAAAGUCGUCGUACAACAAAAUAUAUGAAUGAUUUAAGAAAAAAUAGUUUAAUUGAUUUAGUAAGUUUGCUAGCUCCAAUUAAUGCAGCUCUUCAAGCUAUUCAAACAGAUGAAACACCAUCAUUACAUUUGGUAGUACCAUUUUAUCAGAAAUUAUUACAUGAUUAUAGAGUUCAAUUUUUUCGUGAACGUAUACAUUUGGAAUUAAAUAAAAUUAUUUUUGAUGCUCUUCAUUAUAUGUCAAUGUGCUUACAUCCAGCUUUGCGUGAGAUGAAUGAACUUCCAGAACACACUAAAAUGAAUUGCCACGAGAAUAUUCGGAAACUUUUACAAGAAGAAGAAGCUCAAUUAAGUGUUUUAGAUCAGACGACGAGAAAUGAUGCUUUAGCUAUGAGAAAACAACGAAAAAUGUUAAAUCAGUUUUUAGAUGAAGAAGAUGACGAUGAAAAAGAAUGUACACCAUCAUCAUCUCAUCAAGAUGAACUUGAUAUUGAUCAAGAUGAUAGUGAUGUUUACCAUAAAAGUAGUAUUAGACGUUCGUCAUCCGAAUCAUCAUUAUCAACUGAAUUUUCUUAUAAAACAAAUUAUCAAGCAUUCAAGCCCGAUGAAUUCGAUCGAUAUCUUGAAUCCGAUUUAUCGUCGACAAUAGUAAAAGCAAAUCCACUUGAGUUUUAG